UGGAAGUAAAUAAAAAAAUAAUAGUACGAAGACUUAUAAAAUUUUGGGUCCAGAUCGAGAGAGAUCUCGAGAGAGAAACGGAGAGAGUGAGCAGAAGAAAAAUGAAACGCGGAGGCGGAAGAGGAGCGAGCAGUAGGAGUAGUCUAUGUAUAUUAAUCUCCAUAAUCGUAGCUGCUGCUUUAUUAUCUACACCGGUUGCGUCCGAUCUAGUCAUCUCCAAGCUCGAUCGCCGGGUUGAUCUCACAUCGCAGAUUGUACGCAUCACCUCAACACUCAAGGUGAAAUGUACUGGUCCGGAACCAGUACCGGAAAUGUUGGUGGCAUAUCCUGAUCAUCAAGCUAAAUUUAUGAAUCUGCUUUUGAGUACUGCAACUGAAGGCAAAGGGAAACCUACCGGAAGUGUUUCUAUCAGACCUGUCCAACCAAAUGGAGUCCCCCCGGCGCACACUUGGUUUUUGUUGACUUUUCCAAAGCAACUGGAAACGGGAGAAAGCAUUAUCAUAAAUGUUUUUGCAGCAUUUACCCGUGUAUUACAGCUGUUUCCCGAGAAAAUUACACAGAGUGAAAAUCAGAUGGUAGUGUUUCAGGAUAGCGGUUACUAUCUAUCUCCUUAUUUAGUAAAGGUCCAAUCGCUUAGUUUCAAACUGCCUGAAGGAAAAAUUGAAUCUUAUACAAAAUUGGAGAAUUCCAAACUCUCUAAGAAUGAGAUUAAAUAUGGGCCAUAUGAGAAUAUUCCUGCUUUCCAACAAUCUCCUGUAGCAAUCCAUUUUGUUAAUAAUCUUCCCUUUGCUGUUGCUAAAGAAUUGGUGCGAGAGAUAGAGGUAUCCCACUGGGGAAAUGUGCAGGUCACUGAGCAUUAUAACCUUUUCCAUGGAGGUGCUCAGAGCACUGGGGAAUUUUCUAGAUUGGACUAUCAAGCGAGGGACAGAGGCGCAGCAGCAUUUAGGAGCCUUGUUGCAAAACUGCCAGCCCGAGCUCAUUCUAUAUACUACAGGGAUGCAAUUGGAAAUAUCUCGACAUCUAACAUAUAUGGUGAUAAUACACAGACUUUGUUGCAAAUCGAACCUAGAUAUCCGAUGUUUGGAGGUUGGAAGACGUCAUUUACGAUUGGAUAUGGCUUGCCGCUUCAUGAGUACUUGUUUUAUUCAGAUGGAAAACGUUUGCUUAAUGUCAGUUUUGGCUGCCCAAUUGAUGAUGUGGUAGUUGAAAAACUUAUAGUAAAGAUUGUUUUGCCAGAAGGUUCCACAGACAUUUUUGCAGCUGUUCCAUUUCCUGUACAACAAUCAGAAGAGACAAAAUUUUCUCACUUAGAUAUGGUUGGCAGACCGGUGGUGGUAUUAGAAAAGAGGAAUGUUGUGCCUGAGCACAAUCUGCCACUUCAGGUUUCCUACAAGUUCAGCGUGUUUUCCCUUCUUCGAGAGCCAUUAAUGCUGAUCACUGGGUUUUUCCUUCUUUUUGUUGCCUGCAUCACUUAUAUGAAUGCAGACUUGACAAUCUCAAAGUAUUCACCUUCUUAUUUAGCAAAGCUGCAGUGGGAUGAGGUCCAGGCAGCUAUUCAGCAGGUCCAGAACAUAAUUUAUCGAAGCUUGACAAUCCAUGAUAAGUUAGAAGGAUCAUUACGUGAUCUCUCCAGAACAGGCGAUGUUCAAGUUUGCAAAGCAGUUCGUAAAACAGCUGACGGUUCAUUCAAGGAGCUUUCAAAAGAGUUAAAGCCCUUGUUGACAUUUUUGCAAUCCUCUGCACAAGCUUUGCCAAUAUUUUCCAAGGUGGAUGAUUUGGUAGCUAAGGAGAGGGACCUGCAGGAGAAGGUGAUGCUGAAACACUCCACAGUGGUGGAUUCUUACGAGAAAAAAUCAGGACGGGACAUCGAAAACAAAAUUAUUUUAAUCCAGCAGAAAAUAUCCACUUUGAGGAAGGAGCUUGAUGAGCUUCUUGAUAUUAUUGAUGAGAUUUAACCAGCAAGAGCGAGAACACUUUAUAAUUUAGGGAUAUUAGCCACCUUUAUAUUUAAUUGCCUACUGCUUGAUGCCAUAAUCCUUCAGUUUUGUCAGGAAUCAAAAGAGAACAUAUGGUAAUAGUCAAAGACACAUGUUUUUCCCUUUUGCCACCUUGUUAUAUGACUAUCUGAAUCUUUUAAUGUAGAACCGUAGAAGUUGCUUUUAAUGUAGAACCGUAGAAGCUGUCUGAAUAUUUUUGCCUUCUUAUAAUAUUAUUAUUAUGUUA